GGCGCAGGUUUCUGUGUUUCUGCGCAGGUGCGAACUGAGCCCGGAGCCGAAAGCGAAGGGAGUUUCUACCCCAGGCGUUGCCACUGCGCGCAGUCCGGCUCCUCCGAGGCGGAGCGGCUUGCGGCCCUGACAGCUCCUUUCCUUCCUUCCCCACAGAAGCCGCGAGCGUCCAUGGCGGGCUUGGAGGUUCUCUUCGCUUCGGCCGCGCCGGCCAUCAGCUGCCCGCAGGACGCGCUCGUCUGCUUCCUGCACUGGGAAGUGGUGACAAACGGCUACUAUGGCUUGGGCACCGGCGACCAGCCAGGUCCCAGUGAUAAGAAGUCAGAACUCCUGCCAGCUACAUGGAACAGCAAUAAAGAACUGUAUGUCCUCCGGUAUGAGUCUAAGGAUGGGGCCAAAAAACUCCUCCUGAAAGCUGUCCCUGUGGAGAAUGGCAUGAUCAUCAAUGUUCUGGAACAUGGCACACAGCAGGUGGCAGACUUGACUCUGAACUUAGAUGAUUAUAUUGAUGCAGAAGACCUGAGUGAUUUCCACAGGACCUACAAGAACAGUGAGGAGCUUCGGUCUCGGAUCAGAUCUGGAAUCAUCACACCUAUCCAUGAGCAGUGGGAGAAGGCUCGCGCAAGCAGUCCCCACCGGGAGUUCCCACCUGCCAUUGCCAGAGAGGUGGACCCACUCCGGACUCCUUCACACCACCCUCAUUCUAGCCGCCAGCCUCUUUGGCGUGAUCCCCUGAGCCCAUUUGCUGUCGGGGGAGAAGACCUAGACCCCUUUGGGUGUCAAAGAGGUGGCAUGAUUGUGGAUCCCCUGAGAUCUGGCUUCCCAAGAGCACUUAUUGACCCAUCCUCGGGCCUCCCGAACCGACUUCCCCCUGGUGCUGUGCCCCCAGGAGCUCGCUUUGACCCCUUUGGACCCAUCGGGACCAGCCCAUCUGGACCUAAUCCAGACCAUCUCCCCCCACCGGGCUACGAUGACAUGUACCUGUGAAGGCCUCAAGAAUGUAACCUCUCAGCCUCCCUUUCACUCUCCUGGAGCUACCACCGCUAGCCCCGUCAGUGUCUGUGUUCUUGUGGGCUCAGGGCAGAGGAUUCUGCCAAUGUGUUUGCAGGCCCUCUGGGGUUGCAUCCCCAGCCCUUGUCAAAGCCAAGGUACCUGCUGCAGCACCCCACCCAGCUGCAAAUAGGUCUCAAGGAGAAAUCAGUGUGUGUCUAUCAUCACCAGCUCCUCCCCACUUCUAAGGGAGACUCCGGCAACAUAAACCCUCCACCCGAUGCGGUCCCGGUCACAGCGCUAUAAGAACAGAACGCAUUUUGGAUGUUAUUAUUAAGAACCAAAUGUCAAUACAGAAUUCAUGUUGCCGGUC